AUGGACCAAUUACUUCGCUGGAACCCUGGACUUGGUCCUGGCUGUAGUAACUUCCUCACUGGAUGGUCUUACUGUGUAGAGGCUAUUGACGAGCCAGUCGUCACAAACAGCCCAACCAAGACAACAUCAGGUGGAAGCAGCCCUACCAAGGGUAUCCAGACCCCCACUCCCACGCAAUCAGAAAUAGUGACCAACUGCGAUGCAUUUGACUUUGUUGGAAAGGGCAUCUCGUGUUCUGACAUCCUCUCAAAGAACGGCAUCACUCUGGAGCAACUCGCGGCUUGGAACCCGUCCAUCAAUGAUGACUGCAGCGGCUUGUGGUCCAAUGUCUGGGUCUGCGUUAGUAUCGUGGGGCAUGAUCCCAAGAGUAGCACUACUUUGAAGCCAACCACGACAACUACCUCAAAGACAAGUCCCACCAAUGGAAUCGAGACACCAUCACCAACACAACCCAAAAUGGUCGAGAACUGCAACAAGUUCGAUUUCGUUGAAAAGGGACAGAACUGUGACACAGUCGCGAAAGCCAAUGGAAUCACGCCCGCAGAUAUUUACAAAUGGAACCCAUCCGUUAACGCAGACUGUGGAGGCCUCUGGGCUAAUGUCUGGAUCUGUGUAUCAGUCAUCGGACAUAAACCAUCACCUACCAACCCUACGCCAACAAACGGGAUCGAGACUCCUUCUCCAAUUCAGGAAGGCAUGGUUAAAAACUGCGUCAAAUUCCAUCUUGUACAAACGACAACAACGUGUAACUCUAUUGAGAAUUACUAUAAGAUGUCCCUGGCCAAGUUCCUUGAAUGGAAUCCUGAGGUUGGCGUAAAUUGUCAGUCAUUAUUAGCACGUUACUGGGUGUGCAUCAUGACAGACGACUACGAGCCUGCGCCAUCACCAACGUCACCAAGCAAUGGUAUUAAGACCCCCUCGCCAAUCCAGGAUAAUAUUCACAAAAACUGCAACAAGUUUCACCAGAACCCUAGUGUGGGCACCAAUUGUCAAUCUCUACUAGUCGGUUAUUGGGUCUGCGUUUCUAUUAUUGGCUGGAGCCCUCCUAAGCCGUCCCCCACCACUCCUAGCAAGGGUGUCAAAACGCCAUCGCCAAUUCAAGCAGGGAUGGUCACGAACUGCAACAAAUUCCAUGAGGUACAGAAGACAACUACCUGCGCAUCUAUCCAAACCUACUACAAAAUUACCAUGGAGCAGCUGGCCAAAUGGAACCCUAAAGUAGGCUCUCAGUGUAAUGCUUUACUGGUGGGUUACUAUAUAUGUGUCGGUGUUAUCGGACAGGCGCCCACCAAGCCUCCUAACCAAGACCCUAAUCCCACGCCUCUCAUACCAGGGAUGAUUAAAAAUUGUAAGAAGUUUCACCUUGUGAAAUCUACCACGACUUGCGACUCUAUUCAGAAGUACUACAAGAUCACGAUGGCUCAGAUUGUGAAGUGGAACCCCAAGGUUGGUGAGAAAUGUACAGGCUUGUGGAAGGAUUACUGGGCCUGCGUGGGGGUAUAG